AUGGAGUCAAUUGACCUUUCGGCAAGCCGAUGUUAUCCCUUGGAGCUGCCGAAUCCGGAGGAGAAAGACGAGCGGCUAAAGCUCAAGUGUCGGACCGGAGCUUCGGUGUGCAUAUCGGACUCUCAGAUAUUUGUGUAUGGAGGAAUUACGGAGCCGUUGGCGUUGGCGGCGGACUUUGGGUUGCAGGAUGUGAGGCAGAGGGCGGAGGAGUGCCUGGCACAAAAGCGGGCACAUAGAGCGGGAAAUCAAGAGAUUAAGCUCGGGCAUCUGAUGUCGUCGGAGUUGUUUGGGUUGAGUCUCGUCGACCACAAGUGGCGGCAUUUCGGUGGGCGGGCACGGUCUGGGCGCGGGAAAAUGCACGGUGCCACGCGCAGGGACUGGGCGCAGCCCAGCGCAAGGAUGUACGCUGCGCUGGCGGUGAGCGGUCCCUACGUGUACAUGUGCGGCGGCAUUGCGCUCGAGGACAGGGGCGGCCGCAUGCAUGCGUCGGUGAAAAACGACCUCUGGCGCUACAGCCUGGCGGGCGGCAGAUGGCGGUGUUUGUAUCGGGAACAGAAUGAAGUGAUUGCCGGCAGGUACGAUGCGCAGUUCGUGCGCAGGGCGUCGGACAAUACGCUUCUGCUUAUUGGCGGGUGCGACGGCCGCGGCCCUGCGGUAAAUACGUACGGAGAAUUGAACUUGGACCGGCAGGAAUGGCGGGAGCGGAUAAGUCGGACAAAUCUAAAGUCCCCGUGGAACGGCGGGGAAUUCCGGCACCCGGUUCUCCGCUGCUCGAAAACUGCGAUCAUGUACAGAGAUGUGGCGGAGAUGCCACAGGAGAUCGUGGUGUACGAUCCGGCAUCCCGGUAUGCCUUCAGCGAGUAUGGAACAGGUAAUGUUUUCCGCAAUUGCAACGAGACCAAGUUCCCUAAGCUGGAUUUCCCGCGGAUCGGCAAUUUCGGCGAGAAUCUCCUAGUUUCCGGCUUUGUGCCGCAACCGAAGGCCACGGGCCCCCGGAAAGUCGCCGCAUACGUGCAUAACAUGCACACGCAUGAAUGGCUGCCGAUACGCACACGCUGCAUGCACAAACGCGGGACACAUGUGUUGUGCUGCGGGUUUGUGUGGGAGUCGCACCAUACGAUGGUGUUUCUUGGUGCAGGGAUGCACCGGCAGGGGAUGUGUACCGCUCCGAGCGUUCAGUUUUUCGACAUGUACUUGUAUGUUCCGCUUGCCCCGACGUGCGUGUUGGGGCUGGGAGCGGAGAAAGGAGAAAAUGAAAGUGCGAGGGCGGAGAUUGGAGGCUGCAUCGCCGAAACCGACGCGGACAUCAAGGAUUUCGUCGAGUAUGCGCGGAAAGUCGCCCCACAUCUCCACGUAAGCAGCAUCCGCCCCGUUUUCCCGCCCGAGGCCGUGGCCCUCUCAAAAAACGCAUUUCAAAGAAAAUCCAGCCUUGCAGAUUUCGAGUUUGUGUGCUCAAACGGGACAUCGAUCCCGGUGCCGCUGAUCGUGUGCCGGCGGAGGUGGGGGAAGAAGUUUGACUCGCUUUUGUGCGAGGCGUACGCGUGGUCGUACGUGGAGUCGCGGGUGCCCGGUGCGUACGCGGGGCUCCACGGCGGGGCCCGGCUGUCUACCGGGGAGCCCCCGGUGGCCGGCUACCGGGACGCCCUGGUGGGUCCACCGGGCACCCCGCAGUUCCGCCACCCCUUCCGGAGCUCUUCUGCCUGGGGCUCCCGCGUGGCCAGCCGGGGCAUCCCCGGUAGCGUGGCCAGCAGCGUUGCCAGCCCGCUGGGUGGCCACAGCCCGGCUGACUCCCGGCGGAACUCGUCCUCGGUGGACAUGUUUUGUGCACCGGGCCUCCCGGCGGCCCCCCGGCGGAGAUCCAUCGGCACCCCGUACGUCGGCCACCACUCCCCGGUGUCCUCACUACGCCGGGCCUCUCUGCUGAGCUCGCUUGCUCCACCGGGCGUUUCUCCACCGGGCUUCUCCCCGCGGGGCUCCGGCUCCCUCGAGGGCCGCCGACAGUCCGUGCCAAGCCUCCGGUUUUCGCCCGACUCGCCCUUCAGCCAGCCCCAGGUCUCCCCGGUAGCCGCACGGGGGGCCCCGGUGGAGUCACCGGGCCUCGGCCAGGUCGCCCCGCCCAUCACCGUGCUGGCAAGGGACCUUCCCCGGCAGCCAUCCAUGCCAGCCGUCGACUCCACCGGGUCGCCGCUCCCCGAUAAAGUUGAUAAUUCUAAUUCUAACGACGCCGCAAGAGGUCCUCCCAUCAAGUUCCAGGCGGCCACUUUGCCUCCCCAGAAACCUAUGCCGCCUAUAUUUGCCACCAGGGACAGGGCUGUGCCGGUCAGUCCGCUCAGUGUGUUGUCGGGGGAAAAUGGAGAUGGAGAAGGAGAUGGAGAAGGAGAUGGAGAAGGAGAUGUAAGAGCAAAUGUGAAAGAAGGAGAUGUGAAAGCAAAUGUGAAAGCAAAUAUAAAAGAGAAGGAGAAUAUGAAAGAAAGAGAGGACGUGAAAGAAAAUAUUAAAGAAAAGGGGACCUCUCUCACUUCCCGCCCCUCCUCCCCCUACACCUUCGAAGAUUCUCCCGCUCUCGACACUUUUACCGCUGCAGAACACUCCAUCAGCUUCCCCGUGGUCACAGACUCCUCGCUGGACCUCAGCCUCCUCCCGAGAGCCUUGUACUUACCGUACUCCCAGCCAACAGUCGAGGCCUUGGUGGAGUACCUCUGCACAGGCCAGGUGGGCACAAAGUGGCGCAUUUUCCCCACGGCAACCGAGCUCUUGUUUCUCGCCAAACGCUACGACAUCCCGCUUCUCUACGACUUGGUUUUGGAGUUGCUCUUCGUGGUUUUGGCCAAGAAAAGGAUCCACGUGUGCUCCCAGUCGCUGCCUGCACACCAGCCACAAACUGACCGCCACUCAUACUUCCAGCAGCAGAAAACCUUGCAUCCACACCACACACACCCCGCUGACUGGCCCAGUGUCCGGCCCUUGUACCUCAAGGCCUCCCAGUACACCAGCACGUACGAGUUUUCGCCUGAGUCUUGCCCGGAAUCCCACCUGGAAUCCCCAACUCGGGCCGUUUCUCCCCACUCCUCUUCAAAUAGCGACUCAGACAGCCCUGUCAAGGCCACUCUCGGCUUGCUAGACCCCGUCGGCUACAGUAGUGGCGACAGCAUCAAGGAAGGAGACUCUCCAAACUUGCACGUGCAGAAACAGUGGCCCACUUUGCAGCAACUCGUUGCCCCGGACUCCCAGCCUUGCUCAGACACCAUUUUGGACGUUCUUGUCGAGGUUGGGGCUUUGAUCAACGACAUGAAGCUCAUGCUUGGUGCUCUUUCUGUCAAGGAGGCCUGUGCGAACUUGCAGAAGCACAAUUCUGCCAACUAA